UUCUCUUCUCUCACCAUUAUAAUAUGAGGAGGAGGAAGAAGAGGAGGUUGGAAACCGACACUUGAUGAAAUUUUCAUUUCCUUUUGUUCUUUCGUGUCUUUUCAUUUCCUUGUUUCAAUAUAUCUAUCUUUUCAGUUCUGGUCCACUGAUCAUGUGUUUGGAAUCUUCUCGUGGGAUGAUUGAGAUUGGUUUUGCGUCUUGAUAAUGAAGGACAGUUGGCCCAAAUUAACCUCCCUCCCGUCUUAUUAAGGCCAAGUAUAUUCUACUGAGAUUUGGGUUUCUCUGUUUUUGAACUCAAUCUUAUUCUUCGAUCCUCUUACACUUUGUAGGGUUUGUCUUCAACUAUUUAUGCUUCUGAAUCGAUUUUUUUUUAAGAAAUAUUUUGUGGGUUCUGCAAAUUUUGAUGAAGACGUGUAAUGGGUGUUGGAUCCGGUGAAUUUUGUGUUUGGAAUCUUCUCUAGCUUUAGAAGUUCUUCUGAAUUGAUUCAGAUUUGACAUUGUCUAAGAAAUGGCUUGUAUGAAGCUGGGAUCUAAAGCUGAUGCUUUCCAAAGAAAAGGACGGGCUUGGUUCUGUACAACAGGCUUGCCUAGUGAUAUAACUGUUGAAGUUGGGGAUAUGUCCUUCCAUCUACACAAGUUCCCUUUGCUUUCCAGAAGUGGGGUUUUGGAAAGACUGAUAGCUGAAGCAUCAUCAAAAGGCGAAGAUAUCUGUCUCAUCAAGCUCCCAUAUAUCCCUGGCAACGCUAAAAUAUUUGAAAUUAUAGCUAAAUUCUGUUAUGGAGUUAAACUCGAACUUACUUCCUCAAACGUGGUACACAUCCGAUGUGCUUCCGAGCAUCUUGAAAUGACUGAAGAUUAUGGGGAGGCUAAUCUUAUUUCUCAGACUGAAUUUUUUCUUAACCAAGUUGUAAUUUGUAACUGGAAGGACUCGUUAAAAGCACUCCAAUCUUGUGAGGAGAUUUUCCAACAAGCCGAGGAACUCAAUAUUAUAAAGAGAUGUUUGGAUUCUUUAGCUGCGAAAGUGGGUGCUGACCCGAAUUUAUUUGGGUGGCCCGUUAAGGAGCAUACUGCAGGCAUAUUAUGGAAUGGUAUAAGCAGCGAUGCUAGGCCGAAAAAUGCGGAUUCCGAUUGGUGGUAUGAAGAUGCCUCGACUUUGAGUUGGACUCUUUACAAGAGGUUGAUUUCGACCAUUGGAUGUUCGGGCAUCGAACAAGAGAUCCUCGCCGGAUCUCUUGCCCAUUAUGCGAAACGAUACAUACCCGGAUUGAGUAGGCGGCAAGGGGUUACUACAACAGCCGAGCCUAUUGCUCAGGAAGAGCAGAAGGUUUUAAUUGAAGAGAUCGAUCGAUUGCUUCCCAUGACAACGGGAUUAGUCUCGACUAAAUUCCUAUGCAGUCUGCUUCGAACGGCGGUUAUUCUUCGUUCGAACCAGAUUUGUAUAGCAAACUUGGAAAGACGAGUCGGGUUGCAGCUUGAUCAAGCGACUCUAGAGGAUCUUUUGAUGCCUAGUUUCUCUUAUACCAUGGAGACCCUUUAUAACGUGGAUGCAGUCGAACGUGUUCUUGACCAUUUUCUUGCAAUGGAUCAACCCGGGGCUUCUCCUUGUUCGUUCGAUGAUGGACAGUUGAUGUCAUUAACUCCGAUCACAAUGGUCUCAAAGCUGAUCGACGGUUACCUUGCUGAAAUCGCUCCCGAUGUUAAUUUAAGUCUCGCGAAAUUCCUGUCUCUCGCUGCUGCUGUUCCCGAUUACGCUAGGCCUUUAGACGACGGGCUUUACCGAGCAAUUGACAUUUACCUAAAGUCGCACCCGUCAUUGGUAGAGUCGGAUCGAGAGCAGCUUUGCAGAUUGAUGGAUUGUCAGAAACUUUCAUUGGAAGCAUGCACACAUGCAGCACAGAAUGAGAGGCUGCCACUGAGAGUAAUAGUUCAAGUCCUCUUCUUCGAACAACUCCAGCUAAGAACAUCAAUAGCCAGCUGUUUGCUCGUAUCAGACAAUCUCGACCCCUCAAUGCAUCUGAGGGGCGGCGGGGUGGUGAUGGGUGGCGGCGGAGGUUCCUCCGCAGAGGGUGGAGGAGUAGGUUGGGCCAACACCGCCACUACGAGGGAGAAUCAGGUUUUGAAAGUGGGGAUGGAUAGCAUGAGAAUGAGAGUAGCCGAGCUCGAGAAAGAAUGUUCCAAUAUGAGGGAUGAGAUUGCUAAAUUGGGCCGAAACUCAAAGGGAUCUUCGUCGGGUGGUGCAUGGGGAAGUGUUACGAAGAAGUUCGGGUUCAAGAUGAAAUCUCAAAUGUGUAGUGCCGAAGACGGUUCUGUUCAUACUAAAGCCGGUGCGAAAACCACCACCAAUGAAGGUAAACGAAAUAAAUCGGACAAAUCGGUUUCUUAGUUGUAAUUUUCAAAUUUAUUUUCUUCUUAUUGUUUCUGAUUACUUGUAUUUUCCUAUUAGAGAUACAACUUUGAUUCUAAGUUGUGUAAUCAUAUUUGUUUAUGCAA